CCAGAAGCCAAGGGCAGGGCGAGGAGAACGUGGUACGAGCAGGAUGAACUAAAUUUGUAUUAAAAAAAAAAAAAAAAGCGGGGGCAGUCCAGAGGAAAAAAACUUCAGAGGAAGCACUGAGCGCCCACGGAGACCGAUCGGCUGCACCCCUGCCCAGCCCUGCGCUUCCAACAGCUUUCAGGAUGAGUUUCCUUCUUUUUGCGGUCACAGCCCUCCACGUUCUUAUCCUCAUCUUACUCUUUGUAGCCACCUUGGAUAAGUCAUGGUGGGUUCUGCCUAACAGUGAAUCAGUGAACAUCUGGAAUGAAUGUCUGAUGGAUAAUCAACACCAGAAUUGGACUUGUCACCCGGUGUCUGACAGUAAGUGGCUUCAUGGUGUCCAGGCAUUCAUGGUUUUAAGCCUUCUUUUCUCCAGUUUAGCCUUCAUUAUUUUCAUGUGGCAGCUUUACACGAUGAAGCGGGGAAGCCUGUUUUAUGCCACGGGAAUUUUCCAAAUAUUGACUGCUGUCUCAGUGUUCACAGCUGCCUUGAUCUACACUAUCCAUGUGGACACGUUCCAGCAGGGCCGAAUGCCUGGUGGCUCUUAUGGUCAUUGCUUCGUGCUAGCCUGGCUAGCUUUUCCCUUGGCCCUUGUCAGUGGGAUUGUCUACAUCCACCUCCGGAAAAAAGAGUGACUUGCAACAGAGGAACUUCUCCAUUUAUCUUGGAAAGAGACGUGUUCUCCUUUCAAUUUAGCUAUGCAUUCAUUCUUCGCAGUUUUUGAAAUCACUCAUGGCACAAAAUUCUAUGCAAUGGGUAACUUGAUCCGUGGAGGUUCUUGCAUUAUAACUACAUGAUUUUCAUUUGCAUACAGGUAGUCCUUGACCUAUGACCAGAAUUGAGCCCCAAAUCUCAGUUGCUAAGUAAGACCAUUUUUAAGUGAAAGGUGCCCCGUUUUAUCAACUUUUUGCUAUAGCUGUUAAGGAAAUCACUGCAGUUGUUAAAUGAACCAUGUGGUCAUUAAGGAAAUCCGGCUUUCCUCAUUGGCUUAGUUUUCCAGAAGCCAGUUGUGUAGCAUCCAAAUUUUGAUCACAUGGACAUGGGGAUGCUGCAGUGGUCAUUAAGUGUGACAAUUAUUUUUCAGUGCUGUUGCAACUUCAAACAUGUCAGUAAAGGAAAGGUUGUAAGUCAAGGACUACCUGUAUUUGUAUAUACCUCCCAUGAUAUGGGAAGUUAAAGUUGUGCCACCAUACAGUGGGCAUUUCUUUAGUCUUUGAGAGGUUGCCAUGAAUUAAAUACAUUAAUAUUUUGCUGGCAAAAUGAUAUGACAUCAUGCCAUCCUAUCGGCCUAUUUUCCUAAUAUGGAUAAAUGUUUGCUUCUUCUUUUUGUAAUUACGUACAUGUAGAUUGUAGCCACUUUUUACUUUUGCAAAUGAGGGAACUAUAUCCCUCCUGUAGUGUUUCUUUUAAAUGAAUAAUCUUCCUUUUUGAUAACCUGAAGUAUGGCAGACAAUUCCCCCACCAUUUUUUAAAUAGAAACCAAUUUUUAUUUGAAAUAUACAUUUUAAUGGAAAAACAUGGAGAUGCAUUGGUAGUAUAGAUAUAAAAUAUAUUUCUUUUUUUUUUUUUUGCAGAUGGAAGGCAAAUACAGUGUAAAAGGAUUCUCGUGGGGGGUUUAAAAACAUUUUAAAAUGGAGUUUAAAUAAGAAUCUGUUUUAUAACAUGUUGGUUUUAUUGCAGAUUUUUCUGUCUUCACGUUUGUCUCUUGGGACCUAAAAUGCAGCGUGGAUAAAAUACCUAUUACAAUGCAGUUGAAAAAUCACUGAGCU